AUGUUGCGAUCGACCCGCGUCGAGCACCCGACUGCCAUCGACAUUGUCGAAGCUGGGAGCGCCUUGCCCGAGGUGCUCGCGUACUUGUACGACACGUACCGGCCGCGUGUCGGUCGGACGAGGUCGUCCACGUUGCCGUCCGUCGGGGCCGCACCCGUUUCUGCGCUUUCUAUGAUCGACCAGAACCUUUGCUCGCUGCGGUCGACUCUGUUUUGGACAGCGCGGUUUGGCGACGCACCCGCCUACCGCCGGCUCGCGCGCGACUGCUUUUGCGAUGCAAAGGAUCCUCUCGACACGCUGCUGUUUGUCCUGAGUCUGGGGUACAAGGUGGCGACCCGGGGCGCGGCGGCAUUUUGCCCGAGUGCCUCACGCAUCUUUUGCGCUGGUUUGACGCAGCGACGAUGCUACCGGCGCGACGGUCUUUAUGACGACCAUGCGCACCGAAGGCUCUGGCCGUUCAACUGGCUGCUUCGGCUGCUCGAACACGAUGCGUGCGCGUCGUACCUCAAGCGAAUUUUGACGCUCUGGGAAGCAUGGGCGACAGAGACGACUAUGUAA